GAUGCCCUGCUGGAGAUGAACGAGGCCAAGGUGAAGGAGACGCUGCGGCGCUGUGGGGCCAGCGCCGAGGAGUGCGGCCGCCUGCAGUACGCCCUCACCUGCCUGCGGAAGGUGCCGGGCCUGGGAGGGGAGCACAAAGAGGACUCGGGCUGGAGUAUGUCAGAUGCUCGGCGGGAAAGUGGCUCGGGGCCUUCCAUGGACACCCUGUCACCGGCCAGCCUGCCCUGGCCCCCGGGGAGCUCCCAGCUGGGCAGAGUGGGCAACAGCGCCCAGGGCCCGCGCUCCGUCUCCGUGUCAGCUCUGCCCGCCUCGGACUUCCCAGCCCCUGGCCUCAGUGAGGGCCUCUCGGACACCUGUGUCCCCCUGCACGCCAGCGGCCGGCUGACCCCCCGAGCCCUGCACAGCUUCCUCACCCCGCCCACCACGCCGCAGCUGCGCCGGCACGCCAAGCUGAGGCCGCCGCGGACGCCCCCGCCACCCAGCCGCAAGGUCUUUCAGCUGCUGCCCAGCUUCCCCACGCUCACCCGGAGCAAGUCCCACGAGUCCCAGCUGGGGAACCGCAUCGACGACGUCUCCCCGAUGAGGUUUGAUCUCCCGCAUGGAUCCCCACAGAUGGUACGAAGGGACAUCGGGCUCUCAGUGACACACAGGUUCUCCACGAAGUCCUGGCUGUCACAAGUCUGCCACGUGUGCCAGAAAAGCAUGAUGUUUGGAGUGAAGUGCAAGCACUGCAGGUUGAAGUGUCACAACAAGUGUACAAAAGAAGCCCCUGCCUGCAGAAUAUCCUUCCUUCCACUAACGAGGCUUCGGAGGACGGAAUCGGUCCCGUCGGACAUCAACAACCCCGUGGACAGAGCGGCUGAGCCCCAUUUCGGAACCCUCCCCAAAGCACUGACCAAGAAGGAGCAUCCUCCAGCCAUGAACCACCUGGACUCCAGCAGCAACCCAUCCUCCACCACCUCCUCCACGCCUUCCUCGCCAGCGCCCUUCCCGACGUCGUCCAACCCAUCCAGUGCUACCACGCCGCCCAACCCCUCUCCUGGCCAGCGGGACAGCAGGUUCAACUUCCCAGCUGCCUCCUUCAUUCAUCAUAGACAGCAGUUUAUCUUUCCAGUGCCAUCUGCUGGCCAUCACUGGAAGUGCCUCCUAUUGAAGAAAGUUUAAAGGAAAAAACUUUCAACUCAAUAAUACAACAUCUCGGCCUUUGCGCAGGCAGCCCCGCUCCCCGAUGCCGCCGACAGCACCCGGCCCGACGACCAGCCGAAAGCAGACGUGCUAGAGGUUCACGAAGUGGAGGCUGAGGAGCCAGAGGCCGGCAAGUCCGAGGCAGAAGAUGACGAGGACGAGGUGGACGACCUGCCGAGCUGCCGCCGGCCCUGGCGGGGCCCCAUCUCUCGCAAGGCCAGCCAGACCAGCGUGUACCUGCAGGAGUGGGACAUCCCCUUUGAGCAGGUGGAGCUGGGCGAGCCCAUCGGGCAGGGACGCUGGGGCCGGGUGCACCGCGGCCGCUGGCACGGCGAGGUGGCCAUCCGCCUGCUGGAGAUGGACGGCCACAACCAGGACCACCUGAAGCUGUUCAAGAAGGAGGUGAUGAACUACCGGCAGACGCGGCACGAGAACGUGGUGCUCUUCAUGGGCGCCUGCAUGAACCCUCCCCACCUGGCCAUCAUCACCAGCUUCUGCAAGGGGCGGACGUUGCACUCGUUUGUGAGGGACCCCAAGACAUCCCUGGACAUCAACAAGACGCGACAGAUCGCUCAGGAGAUCAUCAAGGGCAUGGGCUAUCUUCACGCCAAGGGCAUUGUGCACAAAGAUCUCAAAUCUAAGAACGUCUUCUAUGACAAUGGCAAAGUGGUCAUCACAGACUUCGGGCUGUUUGGGAUCUCGGGCGUGGUCCGAGAAGGACGGCGGGAGAACCAGCUGAAACUGUCACAUGACUGGCUGUGCUACCUGGCCCCGGAGAUCGUGCGCGAGAUGACCCCCGGGAAGGACGAGGAUCAGUUGCCGUUCUCCAAAGCCGCCGACGUCUAUGCUUUUGGGACUAUCUGGUAUGAGCUACAAGCAAGAGACUGGCCCUUUAAGAACCAAGCUGCAGAGGCCUUGAUCUGGCAGAUUGGCAGCGGGGAAGGAAUGAAGCGAGUCCUGGCGUCUGUCAGCCUGGGGAAGGAAGUCAGCGAGAUCCUGUCUGCCUGCUGGGCUUUUGACCUGCAGGAGAGACCCAGCUUCAGCCUGCUGAUGGACAUGCUGGAGAAGCUGCCCAAGCUGAACCGACGGCUCUCCCACCCCGGGCACUUCUGGAAGUCGGCUGAGUAA